AAGCCAAAUAAUUCUAGAAGGAGGAGGAGGGAGAGGAGAGAACCUGGAGAAGUGCUCAUUCUUCUCUCGUUUCUCGAGGAGCAACAAUGGCGAAUCCGAGCGUCCUUGAAGCCGUCGAGGAGAUCAUGAGGAUCUACCGGUCUCUUCCGCCGCGGCCCUCCAUCGAGGAAGUGGAGGCCGCUGUGGCCGUCAUCAAGUCCGCGGACGCCGAGGAGGAGGCGAGGAUGAGGGAGAUUGGACGGAUCCAGAAGCCCCCCGACGUCCCCGACGAGCUCUUCCUCGUCCUGCAGGAGGCGAGGAAGAACCAGGCGCUGUUGCAGGGUCGGGAGCAGCGGAGGGACGCCAUGGCCGUGGUGGACUUGGACAGGAGGUUCCAGGUCUUCGAUGAGCUGGUGCAGAGAGCCUCCAAGGUGGUGUCUCCGGAGGAUGGCGGCGAAAGGGGAGCUGAGGAGGUGGGAUUCAAGCCUGGGUUUGAUGUGGCAGGGCCCAGAUUUGGGAGGAGUUUGAGCUUGAUCGGCAAGGAGAAGGAUGGCAAGUUGGGGGGUACCGAUUUCUCCAAUGGGCCGGCUUAUCCCUUCAACUCUGAACUGCCUUCCGCUGCUGGUGACCCAUCUAAGUUGAGCCUAAUCCAAGUGGCAAGCAUAAUUGAGAGUUCAGCAAAGAAUGGAAUUGGAGUUAUUGACCUUCAAGGGAAGUUGUUGGACCAGAUUGAAUGGCUUCCAGUAUCACUUGGAAAACUUCAAGAAGUCACUGAGCUAAACUUGUCUGAGAAUCGAAUCAUCACGCUUCCACCAUCGGUUGGCAGCCUAAAGGCUUUGACAAAGCUUGAUGUGCACUCCAACCAGCUGAGCAGCCUGCCUGACUCAUUUGCAGAACUAUCCAACUUAGUCGAUCUUGAUUUGCAUGCAAACAGACUAAAAUCUCUACCGUCAUCGAUUGGAAAUCUUACGAAUUUAGCCAACCUUGAUAUUAGUUCAAAUGAGUUGUCUAGUCUUCCAGACACUUUAGGCAAUCUCACAAAUUUGCAAAGGUUGAAUGUUGAGACCAAUAAUCUCGAAGAACUUCCUUACACGAUUGGAUCAUGCACUGCACUGGUUGAGCUGCGGGUGGAUUUCAAUCAGCUGAAAGCACUACCUGAAGCAGUCGGAAAGCUCGAAAACAUGGAAAUCCUCACAUUACACUACAAUAGAGUAAAAUCCUUGCCUACGACUAUGGCUUCACUGACUAAACUAAAAGAGCUUGACGUGAGCUUCAAUGAGCUCGAGUCUAUUCCCGAGAGCCUAUGCUUUGCCACUAGUCUAGUAAAGUUGGAUGUUGGAAGAAACUUUGCAGAUUUGAGGGCAUUACCAAGAUCAAUUGGGAACCUAGAGAUGCUGGAAGAAUUAGACAUAAGCAGCAACCAGAUAAGAGUGUUGCCCGACUCCUUCAGGCUUUUGUCAAAGCUGAGAGUGUUCAAUGCAGACGAGACUCCACUGGAGAUACCACCAAGAAAUGUCGUAAAGCUGGGAGCACAGGCUGUGGUGCAGUACAUGGCUGAUUUGGUCGAGGGGAAGACUAACAGCAUCCAACAGACUGAACCAGUUAGGCAGAGACGUGGCCUAUGUUUUUGUCUGUGCUCGCUGUUCCAAUCUCGGAAGAAGAGUGGCAAGGAAAGCACAGUCUCGUGAGGGCAAAAUUCCACAUUCAGAAACUUGGAUUCUGAAACUGUUUUCUCAAAUUUGAUAUCUGGAUUGGAUCUUUGAGCUUUCAUGUUAUUAUAUAGUUGGAUUCAUCUCUACAGCUCAGGAACAUUUUCUGGAUGGCAUCAGGUUCUCAAAUAUAAUCCAAGAAGAUUGCACAGCCAGGUCAGCCAAAAAUUGUAAAAAAAAUAAAAAAAAAAAAAUACAAGAGAAUGAUUUAAUUGGAUCAAGAUCUGAAUUGAGAGAAACAGGAAGAAGAACAAUAAAAUAAAAAAUAGAGGAUUUGUUAGCUUCCUGUAGGGACUAAGAACAGUGAGUAUUAUUAAUCAUGUAAAGCCAUUAUUUGAUGAUGAACACCUUUAACUUUUCUUUUGGUUGUUGUAUUAUAUAUCCAGACAAUGAGAUUUUUUUUUUUUUUUAAAAUUUGUCUUGGUAGGUCACCAAGAUUCUUAUACAUAUUUUGGAUGGUGGUCAUUGUCAUGUUUUGUCAUCUUGUAAUAAAACAAGUUCUUAUUAAUCUAAUUAUUUCUUUUUAAAUUC